AUGACAAAAUUAAAAGUUGAUGACCAAGCUCCAGAUUUUUCUGGAAUUGACCAAAAUGGUAAAAAUAUCUCAUUGAGCCAAUUUAAUGGAAAACCAUUAGUAUUAUUUUUCUAUCCAAAAGAUGAUAGUAAAACUUGUACAAAUGAAGCAUGUGAGUUUAGAGAUAAGUAUAGUUCAUUUGUAAAUGCUGGUGCUGAUGUUAUUGGUAUAAGUAAUGAUGAUCCAGAAUCUCAUGCAAACUUCAUUUCCAAGAAUAGCCUUCCAUACACUUUAAUCUCUGAUAAAGAUGGUGAAAUUGCUAAAAAGUAUGGUGUACAUAAAGAAUUAUUAUUCUUUCCAGGAAGAACCACCUUUAUUUUAAAUAAGGAUCAUAAAAUUAUUGGUACCCAUUCAAGCUUAAUUAAUGCAUCAUCUCAUAUUCAAGAAUCACUUAAAGCAAUUGACCACUUGAAAGGUGGUACACCAGUUCACUAA